CACUGGUGUUGAGCAAUACUGUGUGGAAUGUAUAGGGAUAGUAUUUUUGAGAACCUCAUGUCGGAUUUGUAGGGUGUUAUCGGUACACGAAAGACAUGGAGAAGUACUCUCAUUAUGAAGAUGCGUCGAUAUCUAAAGACAGUGGUGAAACAAAUCUUUCUUUUACUCACAGAUGUAUACAGACCUGUCUGUUACAAAGCAGGAAAUAUGCAGGAUUUAAGAAAGAUGCUCGAUGUUUUUGUGGGGACACCUACAACCAAACCUUUGCUGUAGACCAGUCAAGGUGUUCUUAUGAGGAAAGUUGUAUGACGAUUUAUAACACAGACUAUGAAAUGAAACCACUGCUUUCCGUUCCUGGAAACAAUUCAAACAUCCUUGAGGUAUGGGAAACAAACUCAACUGGGAAAUAUAACGCUAUUUUUGUGGAGAAUAUCAUGCGAAAUCCCGCCAUCGACCAAUGGAAGGACAGAAGACUUUACCAUAUACCAGAAUAUGUACGUUUGUAA